CCGCGGGACGCGCCGACGCUCCGGAGAGCGUGUGCGCCCGGAGGACAGCACAAUAGCCGGGAGGAGGAGACAGGGAAAGGGGCAGGGGGAAAGGAGGAGAGAGAAAGAGAAAGCACAACACGGGGGCUGGCGAGGGGAGGACGGAGCGGAGGGCUCCCGAGCGCGGCGGUGCUGAGGACCGUGGCCGGGACGGCGGAGGCAGGAGGUGGGUGGGUGGGUGGAUGGGUGGAGGGCGAUAUUUACCUUUCCUCCCCCGCCCCGAGCCCGCUCCUUUGUCCACCCCCCUUUGAAGUGCUAUGGAGUCGCCGGGGUGGGAGCGUUGUUGUUCGCUAGCGAAAGAUCAGUCAUGACGGGGGGAGAGUAGCGAGCAUACGGGGGGCUGGGGACGGCAAGAGGUGGAGGAGGCGAGGAGGAGAGAUUGUUCCGAGGAUCGCCGUUUGCUUCCCGUUUCUCUGCAUGGACCGUGAAAGAAACGCGUUGAGUUGACCGUGUCGGAGCUGUUUCGACUUCUACAUGUGAGAUCCGGUUGGUUUAUUCUCUCCACCUAUCUCUCUCCAGCUUCCUUCCCUUAUUCUCCACUUACUCCUGUAUGCAAAAUGGUGGACCCUGUGGGGUUUGUAGAGGCUUGGAAAGCGCAGUUUGCAGACUCUGAGCCCCCUAAAAUGGAGCUGAAAUCUGUGGGAGAUAUUGAACAGGAGCUGGAGAUGUGCAAAGCGUCUAUCCGGAGACUGGAGAUGGAGGUCAACAAGGAGAGGUUCCGCAUGAUUUACCUGCAGACUCUUCUGGCAAAGGAGAAAAAAAGCUAUGAUAGACAGAGAUGGGGCUUUAAACGUGCUUCUCAGUUGCCUGAAGGGGGUGCUGACCAGCAGGUCCAAGACCUGCCUCAUCACCAGUCUGCUGACCAAGAUGAACAUGAAAAAAGCAAGUCGCACCAUGGGGAGGAAAAAUUCAAACCCAGGAUGCCUUCUCUGCGAAAGCUGUCUACCCAGAGCGAUGGGUCAGACCUGUCACCUUUGGACAGUCCCCAUCACGGAGAAGGAGAACAGGACAGGUGUAAGUAUUAUGGCGAGGAGAAAUUGAAGAGAGUUGUAGAAGAUACAGAAAGUCGCUGUGACACAGACGGAUCUCCUUCAAAACACAGAUCGUCUUCCACUCGCAGGCUAGUGGGAUCUGCUGAGAAGGAGGGAUUGUUUGAACCUAUUUCCAAGGACAGAGGAAACAGCACCAGUGUGGCAGCCCUAAGGUCCAAUUUUGAGAGGAUUAAAAAGGGCAAUUCACAUCAUUCUGGAGAUAACAAGGAUGUUGUUGAAAAACCCUUUUAUGUAAACAUGGAGUAUCAUCAUGAGAAAGGUCUAGUGAAGGUCAAUGAUAAAGAUGUUUCUGACAAAAUAAGCUCUCUUGGUAGUCAAGCCAUGCAAAUGGAACGCAAAAAGUCCUUACACUCCCUUCCUUCAAACAUGGUACCCAGCUUCAACGAGUUCCAGCGGUCUGCUUACAGGGGGAGGUCCUCAGAGAGCAGUUUUGGCUAUGAUGGAGAAUAUGAAGAUGCUGAACUGAACCCCAGGUUUCUCAAAGAUAAUCUGAUAAAUGCCAAUGGCAGCAACCGCUCCCCUUGGCAGCCCAUGGACUUUCAACCUUAUCAAAGUAUCUAUGUUGGUGGAAUGAUGGGGGAGACAGAAGGGAAAGGACCUAUCCUGAGAAAUCAGGGUACAGCGGACCAGGAGAAACAUCUCACUUGGCCCAGGAGAUCUUAUUCCCCCAGGAGUUUUGAAGACAUUGGAGGAGGGUAUACUCCUGAUUGUAGCUCUAAUGAGAACCUUACCUCCAGUGAGGAAGAUUUCUCUUCAGGGCAGUCCAGCCACGUAUCCCCCAGUCCCACCACUUACCGCAUGUAUCGGGAUAAAAGUCGUUCUCCGUCCCAGAACUCUCAGCAGUCCUUUGACAGUAGCAGUCCACCAACUCCCCAGUCUCAGAAACGGCACAGGCAGCAGCAGGUCAUUGUAUCUGAGGCUACUAUUGUUGGCGUACGAAAAACAGGACAGAUCUGGCCGAGUGAUGGAGAUUUGCCUUCUGGGAGAAGUCACCAAGACAGCCUCUUCCAUGGAGAUGCAGGUGUGUACCAGCUUUUCAUUUUAUUUUUUUUAAAUGCAUAGAGCAGGAAAUGGCAUCAUAGACAUUCAUAGGAGAGGUUUUCUAGAUGAACCUGGUUGAAUCACCCAAAGAGGGGAACUGUUCAGCGUGAAAAAUCUGUUCACCUUGUAGUUGUUCUGUUUCAGAAGAGUCCUGCAGAAGUACUCCUCAGAAUGCUCUUCAGUCUUCUCUUGAGAGGAUCAGCUGAGUCCGAUGUUAAUCAGCUCUCUAAGUUUUGGUGUGAUUGCUGAGGUAAAAGGGGGCCAGAACUGUUCAGUGUUCAUAAACAGAUCACUCCUUUCCUCUUACUCUUUCACUGAGGAGUAGUUAAACUCUGCCUCCAAGGUGGUAGCAUGUCAACAUGCUACAGCCUGAGGGUUUUGCUGGAGCUUUACCAAUAAUCAUACUCUUUCCACAGUCUUGUUUUUUCCUGCCUGUAUUAAUUGGAGUGCCAGAUUCUCAUUCUGUCAUCCUUCAAUUAUAGCUGAUUGGAAGUGAUGAUUGUGCAACCCUGUUGAAGUUUUCUGCUGUCACUAAGUGAGGGAAUAACUAUGAGUAUCAGGAAGCCCUGAGGGAGUGCUCUUAAUUUAAUUUAAGCAGAAUCAGAAUUUUUGUUUGGGGAAGAAUGGGCCAUGUUUGAACUCAUUCUUGCGUAAAACAUUCAGGGAUGCAGAUGUCUGUGGAAUUGCAGUGAAUUUCGAGGUGGUGGAAGAAGUGAACAGUGAUCUAUGUCAAUUCAAGUAAACUUACUGAAUGCGUGUGGGCACCUCAAUCUAUUCAGCAAGGCAACAUACAUAAUUGUACAUUAUUGUAGGCAGUAUCUUGUAUUAACAUUGCCAUUCGUCUUCUAUGCAGUAAAUGAAAAAGCAAUCAAAUUCAGGAACAAAAGAGCAGCAUGGUUGUUCUGACAGACUUCUGUUAUUCUAGAUCUGUGAGUUACUUUGUGUUUUUCUUUUAUUCUUUAAGUGUGUCAUUUUAAUAAGGAGUUAACCUAUUUGUUAACGUGAUUGAAUUGUUGAAGUAGCAGUUGAAUGAGACCUAUCAGAGAUGUUACUUUCUCAGCCUCUGUACGUUUGGUGUAAAGUAACUGCUGAAAGGAGAUUCUUGGUUUUACUUUCCCUGCUGAUUUUCUGCUUGUUUGUUUUGCCAGCAGUAUUUCUGGGAGCAACAGCAGGGGAGAAAUCUUUUCUCACACCCUCUGCCAUCCUUGUAACCAAUUAUUUGAUUAGAAAAGGCUGUACAGUUGAAAUGAAUGUUCACUGUACAUGGCACCUCAGCAUCCUGUCCUCAUAGUGACUUCUUCCUUAUCUGAUUAUAGAUAUGUACUUGCUUUCUAUCUGGGACUACUGCAUUCUUGUUUGGUCUUAUGCAUAUGUUUGUAUCUUCCAGGGAGCGCUAGCAGUGCAGGAGAGGCUGGGUGUAGUGCUGUUUUAUACUGAGCUGCAGCCAUCUGUCUCUGCUCUUGUUUACUGAUGCUCUUUAGAUGACUGGAAGCCUCCUGGCAGUUGCAGUUUUUGCAGAAGGAAACAAAGGACAUAAACAACAAGGGCUGAUAAAGCUUGAGGAUAAAUUCAGCUUUCAGAAAUUGAAUAAAUGAGUUUUAUUUUAAAUAGUUUAGCUCAUGCUUUGUGGGUUGCAUUAAGAGUAAAAUGGGCUGCUGAAAACUCUGAUCAGUUAAAAUUUCUGGUUGUGCUGGAAAGCCUAGUGUUUGUUCCUAAGCUUGGCCACGCAAUUGCAGGCAAGGACAGAAUGUAACUGAUUCCCCUUCUGCUCUCUUCAGCAAAGGGGGUUACAUGGCAAGCUUAGCAGGAACCUUCACCAGAUGGCUCAUCCUUACUGUCUUGCACAUUAGCUGGUGGCAACUUUUUACUUCUCCUGAAGUCACAAGCCUUCUUGGU